AUGGAUUCCUUCAAGGUGGUGCUGGAGGGGCCAGCACCUUGGGGCUUCCGGCUGCAGGGGGGCAAGGACUUCAAUGUACCUCUCUCCAUCUCCCGGCUCACCCCUGGGGGUAAAGCUGCACAGGCCGGCGUGGCCGUGGGUGACUGGGUGCUGAGUAUUGAUGGCGAGAACGCGGGGGGCCUCACACACAUCGAAGCCCAGAACAAGAUCCGUGCCUGCGGGGAGCGCCUUAGCCUCAGCCUCAGCAGGGCUCAGCCGGCUCAGAGCAAACAGCAGAAGGCCCUGGCCCCCGCCGCGGACCCCCCGCGGUACACCUUUGCACCCAGCGCCUCCCUCAACAAGACGGCCCGGCCUUUCGGGGCGAACCCGCCCGCAGACAGCACCCCGCAGCAGAAUGGACAGCCGCUCCGACCGCUGGUCCCAGAUGCCAGCAAGCAGCGGCUGAUGGAGGACACAGAGGACUGGCGGCCGAGGCCUGGGACAGGCCAGUCCCGUUCCUUCCGCAUCCUCGCCCACCUCACGGGCACCGAGUUCAUGCAAGACCCGGAUGAGGAGCACCUGAAGAAAUCAAGCCAGGUGCCCAGGAUGGAAGCCCCAACCCCAGCCUCAGCUACACCCCAGGAACCCUGGCCUGGCCCUACCACCCCCAGUCCCACGAGCCGCCCACCCUGGGCUGUGGACCCUGCAUUUGCUGAGCGCUAUGCCCCGGACAAGACCAGCACGGUGCUGACCCGACACACGCAGCCAGCCACACCCACGCCUAUGCAGAACCGCACCUCCAUCGUGCAGGCCGCCGCUGGAGGGGGCCAUGGCGGGGGCGGUGGCAGCGACGGCAAGACUCCUGUGUGCCACCAGUGCCACAGGGUCAUCCGGGGCCGCUACCUGGUGGCGCUGGGCCAUGCGUACCACCCUGAGGAGUUUGUGUGCAGCCAGUGUGGGAAGGUUCUGGAAGAGGGUGGCUUCUUCGAGGAGAAGGGGGCCAUCUUCUGCCCACCCUGCUACGAUGUGCGCUAUGCACCCAGUUGUGCCAAGUGCAAGAAGAAGAUCACCGGCGAGAUCAUGCAUGCCCUGAAGAUGACCUGGCACGUGCAGUGCUUCACCUGCGCGGCCUGCAAGACACCCAUUCGGAACAGGGCCUUCUAUAUGGAGGAAGGGGCUCCCUACUGCGAGCGAGACUAUGAGAAGAUGUUUGGCACAAAAUGCCGAGGCUGUGACUUCAAGAUUGAUGCUGGGGACCGCUUCCUGGAGGCGCUGGGCUUCAGCUGGCAUGAUACGUGCUUCGUGUGCGCAAUAUGUCAGAUCAACCUGGAAGGAAAGACUUUCUACUCCAAGAAGGACAAGCCCCUUUGCAAGAGCCACGCCUUCUCCCAUGUGUGA